AUGGCCACAGUAACUGGCGGGGACGUCGUUCCCCAGGAUAUUGUUUACCCACAGAAGGGAUCCAUCGUUUCGAACCGAGAGAAGGGACCCAACGAGGAGGACGGUGCAACUGCUUCAGCCGAUAAUUUGCUGGAGGCCCUGGGAUUUCAGCCUGAACUGACAAGAAACCGUUCGACAUGGCAGGUAGCCUUCAUGUCCUUCGUCCUUGCAUCGAUUCCAUAUGGUCUUGCUACAACAUUGUACUAUCCCAUCAUCGGUGGUGGCCCAGUUACAAUCAUCUGGGGAUGGCUUGGUGUCUCGUUGAUCAUUCUCUGCGUUGCAAUUUCUCUCGGUGAAAUCACAUCGGUGUAUCCGACGGCAGGUGGAGUGUAUUACCAGACUUUCAUGCUCUCGCCUACUUGGUGCCGGCGGGUAACUGCCUGGAUCUGUGGUUGGGCUUAUGUCGCCGGAAACAUCACAAUUACGUUAGCCGUCAACUUCGGAACAACCCUUUUUUUCGUCGCAUGUGUCAAUGUCUUUGAAACAGAGCCCGGCGUCGGUGUCUUUGAUGCAAAGAAAUAUCAGGUUUUCCUAAUCUUCUUGGCCAUCACCUUCCUAACAAACUCUAUCUCGUCCCUUGGAAAUAGAUGGUUGCCUAUUCUUGAUACGUUUGCUAUUUUCUGGACAUUCGCCGGUGUCAUUUCUCUCAUCGUCUGCGUUCUCGCAAUUGCUAAGAAUGGUCGACAUGAUGCUUCGUUCGUGUUCACCGAGUUUGCCCCCCAGUCUGGCUGGACCCCUGGAUGGUCCUUCAUGAUUGGUUUGCUCCAUGCUGGAUACGCUACUUCGUCGACAGGCAUGAUUAUCUCCAUGUGCGAGGAAGUCCGCCAACCAUCCACCCAGGUUCCUAAGGCUAUGGUUGGAACUAUCAUUCUCAACACUAUCUGUGGUCUCGUCUUCUUGAUCCCAUUGGUUUUCGUUAUCCCAGAUCUUGGUGUCCUCGGUGCCCUGGCUUCCGGUCAACCCUUGCCAUCAAUUAUCGUUUCGGCCGUUGGUAGUUCCGGCGGUGCAUUCGGUCUAUUGAUUCCACUGAUGGUUCUCGCUAUCAUCUGCGGUGUUGGUUGCACAACUGCUUCUUCCAGAGCUACUUGGGCUUUCGCACGUGAUGGUGCUAUUCCCGGAUCCCAAUGGUGGAAAGUCGUCAACCCUAAGUUGGAUGUCCCAUUGAAUGCUAUGAUGCUCGCCAUGGUCGUAGAAAUUCUCCUCGCAACUAUCUACUUCGGUUCCACCGCUGCCUUCAACGCUUUCUCUGGCGCCGGUGUUAUUUUCUUGACCGUCAGCUACGCCGUUCCAAUUGCUGUCAGCCUUAUUGGCGGACGGAAGCAUCUCGCGGCUGGUGUUUAUGACUUCGGAAUCUUUGGUGUCAUCUGUAAUUGUAUUGCAAUUGGAUGGAGUUUACUCGCCGUUCCACUUUUCUGCAUGCCAUCUUUCAUCCCCAUCACUCUCGAAUACAUGAACUACGCCUCCGUCGUCUUCGUCGGGUUCACCCUCAUCUCCGCCGGAUGGUACUUCAUCUGGGGUUCCAAGCACUACCAGGGUCCGCCAACCUACGAAGAUGCAGCGUUGGAGGAACGACGAGCAUCCAUUGCCGCCUCGUAUAGACACAACGAAUAA